CAGAACAUGAAUGGGCGGAGUUAGCGGGCAGUGAUCUGUGCGUUGAGGCGGUGCCUCCGCUGCUUCUCCUCCAGACUGCGGCGGGCGGAGAGCUCUGCGUUAAGAAAUGGCGGAGGGGGAGUUGGACGUUGACUCGUUGAUUUCCAGGCUUCUAGAGGUGCGAGGAUGCCGUCCAGGCAAGAUUGUCCAGAUGACGGAGGCGGAGGUGCGCGGCCUCUGCAUCAAGUCACGGGAAAUUUUCCUUAGUCAGCCAAUCCUUCUGGAGCUGGAGGCUCCGCUCAAAAUCUGCGGUGACAUCCAUGGACAGUACACAGACCUGCUGAGGCUCUUUGAAUAUGGCGGCUUCCCUCCGGAGGCCAACUACUUGUUCCUAGGAGACUACGUGGACAGAGGGAAGCAGUCUCUGGAGACCAUCUGCCUGCUGCUGGCAUACAAGAUCAAAUACCCCGAGAACUUCUUCCUGCUCAGGGGCAACCAUGAGUGUGCCUCCAUCAACCGCAUCUACGGCUUCUACGAUGAGUGUAAACGCAGAUUCAACAUCAAACUGUGGAAGACUUUCACUGACUGCUUCAACUGUCUCCCCAUCGCUGCCAUAGUGGACGAGAAGAUCUUCUGCUGUCAUGGAGGCCUCUCUCCUGACCUGCAGUCUAUGGAGCAGAUCAGACGGAUCAUGAGACCCACAGACGUGCCUGACACAGGCCUUCUGUGCGAUCUGCUGUGGUCCGACCCAGAUAAGGACGUGCAAGGCUGGGGAGAGAACGACCGUGGGGUCUCCUUCACUUUCGGAGCGGAUGUGGUCAGCAAGUUUCUCAACCGUCACGAUUUGGACCUAAUCUGUAGAGCUCACCAGGUGGUAGAAGACGGGUAUGAGUUCUUUGCCAAGCGGCAGCUGGUGACCCUGUUCUCAGCUCCAAACUACUGCGGAGAGUUCGACAACGCCGGGGGCAUGAUGAGCGUGGACGAAACCCUGAUGUGCUCCUUCCAGAUCCUGAAGCCAUCUGAGAAGAAGGCAAAGUACCAGUACGGAGGGAUGAACUCCGGCCGGCCCGUCACUCCUCCCCGCACAGCCCAACCUCCAAAGAAACGAUGAAGAAAGAUGGACAGACGGACAGAAAGAGGACGAGAUGAUAUGAUUGUCUCCUUUUGGUUUUUCACAACAUUAAACAAGAAAAAGAAACACUUGACCGAGAAGGAAAUGGAACACCAAUUUCAAAUAAAACACCCAAACCUUUUUUUCUUCUUUCAUUUAAUCUCUUGAACUGCUGUUGUACUUUUCUUCUUUCCCUGCAUCUAUGUAACAUUUUUAAAAACGUGUUUCAAUAAAACAGUCAUUCUGUAGCAUAUCUUUAUAUAUUUUUGUCUUUAUUUUCUUAACAGAAUGACAGCAGCUUUAGUUUACCAUAUGUCAUUUCUGCCCUGCCUGUACAAACACCACAGGUAUUAAUGACUGCUGGGUUUUUAAUAAUAAAACAGGGAAUAAAGCCGA